AUGACCACCGGUCCUUUCCUCGACUCGGCCGCCGGCCGCGCUCGCAAAGACUCCUUUGUGAGCGCGGGCCCUAAGCCCAUUUCCAUGACCAAUCCGAAUCGCGAUCAAGCUCGUCAACGCCGAGAGUCCCUUGCUGGAAGUUUAAUGGGGAGGAGUUUCGGCGGCAUGUCCGUCGGAAGCUUUGUUCGAGAUGACAUCCUCAUGGCGGGCACUUCGCCUUACGGCUACCAGCAGUCCCCUUCAUUCCAGUCGUCGUCUUACCUUCCCAAGCUAGAGGCAAACUUUAUGCGGGACUUCACCUGCUGCAACAAGACUCUCCCAAACCUCCACGACUUAUUACAGCAUUACGAGGAAGCCCAUGCUCAGGAACCGAACCAUCCGUCUGCAAAAACUCCUAACCUCUUCCAGUACGCCCCCGUCACAGGCUAUGCGGCCCCCAAUAACUUCGGCCAGCCAUCGAUAACAUCGCCUCUCGGCGCUCCCGCAUCCCUUGCGCAACAGGCUCGCCAGCCCUUGAACCUGGGCGGCACUAUGCCGACUGCAGGUCUUCAGAUUUCACAGCACGGUCUCUCCAACGUGAAUACGCAGUCUUCGCACCUUAACGACGAAAUGGACACCGUUGGCGACAUGGAAAUGGACGAUGCCGUUGGUCCCCUCGAGAUGGACGACAGCCAACAGCGCAUGCAGCAGACUCGACAACUUUUCGGCCAGACUGGCCGGCCUCAACUGCACAUCAAUGCCUCUGGCUUCACUCAGGCCCUCAGGACUUCUCAGCCCACGACCCCAGCCGCCGCCAGUUUCGGAUUCCAGCACAACCCGACGGUAUCCUCGGUCAACACCCCUACGCUUACAACUCAGCAAGGUAUCCCCUCAAGGAGCACGCCAUACAACCAGUCUCCUUCGGUAGAAAGCGAUGACCUAAGCCUACAACUGGGUGGCAACAUCAACCUCAACAACAACGAUUUCGGCCUCGGCAACGGAGGGACGAACACUACUUCGAAUGACUCAGCGUUCUGCAUUAAUGAUCCCGGCAAGAGUCUGUUCAGCCCGAACGGCGCUGCGACGAAUCACCAGCGGGCGCUCCAGCAACAACUCGCUCAGCUGGUUCUGGAGCAGAACCAUCCUUUGACGAACAAGGAGUUGAUUGAGAGAUUUGGUCCCCUCCUUAUGCAACAGGAGGAAGCAAAGCCCUUCCGAUGCCCCGUUAUCGGCUGCGAGAAGGCGUACAAGAAUCAGAACGGUCUCAAAUAUCAUAAAGCUCAUGGACACGCGAACCAACAAUUGCACGAGAACGAAGACGGCACUUUCUCCAUUGUCGACCCAGACACGUGUAUACCAUACCCGGGUACUCUUGGCAUGGAGAAAGAGAAGCCCUACUCAUGUGAGGUCUGCAAUAAGCGAUACAAGAACCUCAACGGCCUCAAAUAUCAUAAAAACCACUCCCUGUACUGCAACCCGGAGCUAUCCUCGCAACUCCUUGCUGCUCACCUUCAGCAGAUGCCCGAGCUAGCGGCAACGUUGCAGUCUCCCUCGCCGGCGCCUCGUCAAUAA